UACGCUCAGUCUCUGAGCAGAUAUAAAUACUCCCCGCUCCAAAAUGCCCCACACACUGCCCUCGAGAAGGAAAGAUUAUAACCAUCACUGCAGAAGAUGAAUAUUAUCAACAACAUGUGGUUUUCUCUGACUGUGCUCCUCCUGGCUGCCUUGGCCUGUCUGGCAGAUGUGACCGAAGAAAGGGUGAAACGCUCUGUGUCAGCCUCUGGGUUAGCAUCACUUCGUUCCAGACGGAUGGUUGGGGGGACCCUGGCUCCUCAUGUCCCCUGGCAGGCCUUGGUCUACAUCUCUGACAAUGUGCUGGACGGAGGCUCUGGAGGCGGUGCUCUCAUCUCCGAGCGCUGGAUUUUGACGGCUGGCAGGAACGUGUUUGUCAACAAGAGUCAACCGGCAGGGAAAAAGGGAAUAGUCAUUCCUAAAGUGUACCUGGGAAUCACUGAACGAGCACAAGCUAAUCCCUCCAAAGAGGUUGCUGUAGAUAAGGUUUUUCUCCAUCCACACUUCCAGAACCGAUCUGAGUGGGACAACGACCUGGCUCUGCUCAAACUGGAGGUGCCUGUGGUUAUCACCGAUAAAGUGACCCCCAUCCCCCUGCCAGAGAGAUGCCAGGACACUAUGGGAGGGACAGGGGUCAUCACAGGCUGGGGCUGGGGGAUCCUCCUCACCUCUAGUAAAUCACUCAAACACCUCGUACUCCCUCUGGCCAACCACUCUGUCUGUAAGGCCGAAUAUGAACGUACCCCGUUCACACCAGCUGUAGACGACAACAUGUUCUGCACCGGACCCACCAAGUAUGAUGAAAAUGUUUGUUUCGGUGAUGCCGGAGGCGCUCUGGCUGUCACAGAUGCUGAAACGGGGGACAUCUACGCUGCAGGGAUCCUUUCCUUUGACAAGUCCUGCGGGAGCCACAAGUACGGCGUCUACAUGAAGAUUUGCUCAUAUUUGCCCUGGAUCCACAGUGUCAUCAGAGGAGAUACAGACAAGUCGCCUGCUCUGCGCGCUGAUGCAAUGUCUAAGAUGUACUUAUGGCAGCAGUAGAGCUUCAAGCUCUGUUCUUUUAGUUUUGUAGUGAAAUCAUUCUAAUGUCCUGAGUCAGUGAGUUUUAUUAAAUGCUUGUAAUGUAACCACUGCUGUGCUUUAUCACAUAAAUGUUGUGAUCAGUACUAUAAAUAUAUAUAAUAAAGAUAUAUAAAUCCAA